UGUGCCUGCCGUAGGUUCUGUGCCGAGCGGCUGCGCUCCCUGCUCCGCACCCUGGAGAUCGUGGACAUCGCUGACUUCUCUCCCAUCACCCUCAUCGCCAACUUUGCCACGCUCGUCAGCACCUACGCCAAGGGCUUCACCAUCAUCAUAGAGCCCUUCGACGACAGGACCCCCACCAUCGCCAACCCCGUCCUGCAUUUCAGCUGCAUGGAUGCCUCCAUCGCCAUCAAGCCGGUCUUUGAGAGGUUCCAGUCGGUCAUCAUCACCUCGGGGACGUUGUCCCCGCUGGAUAUAUACCCCAAGAUCCUGGAUUUCCAUCCCGUUACCAUGGCCACCUUCACCAUGACUCUGGCCAGGACCUGUCUGUGCCCCAUGAUUGUGGGGCGAGGAAACGACCAGGUGGCCAUUAGCUCCAAGUUCGAGACCCGCGAGGACAUUGCUGUGAUCCGGAACUACGGCAACCUGCUGCUGGAGAUGUCUGCGAUCGUGCCCGAUGGCAUCGUGGCCUUCUUCACCAGCUACCAGUACAUGGAAAACAUUGUGGCCUCAUGGUACGAGCAGGGCAUCCUGGAGAACAUCCAGCGCAACAAGCUCAUCUUCAUCGAGACGCAGGACGGGGCCGAGACCAGCAUGGCGCUGGAAAAGUACCAGGAGGCCUGCGAGAACGGGCGGGGAGCCAUCCUGCUGUCUGUGGCCAGGGGAAAGGUGUCUGAAGGCAUCGACUUUGUGCACCACUACGGGCGAGCUGUGAUCAUGUUCGGCGUACCCUAUGUCUACACCCAGAGCCGCAUCCUCAAGGCACGGCUGGAGUACCUGCGUGAUCAGUUCCACGUUCGGGAGAACGACUUCCUGACGUUCGACGCCAUGCGGCACGCGGCGCAGUGUGUGGGCCGGGUCAUCCGUGGCAAGACAGACUACGGGCUCAUGGUCUUUGCAGACAAGCGUUUUGCCCGGGCAGACAAGCGGGGGAAGCUGCCACGCUGGAUCCAGGAGCACAUCACGGACGCCAACCUCAACCUCACCGUGGACGAGGCCGUGCAGGUGGCCAAGUACUUCCUGCGCCAGAUGGCCCAGCCCUUCCACAAGGAGGACCAGCUGGGCCUGUCCCUGCUCACUCUGGAGCAGCUGCAGUCGGAGGAGAUGCUCCGCAAGGUCGAGCAGAUCGCGCACCAGGUGUGAGCCGGAGCAGACACACAGGCAAAGGGCUGGAGGCUGGCUCCAGCGGCAGACAGGGGCUGGCCCUGCCAUCAGGGCCUUGUUUGAUACUGGCUUUUAUACUGAAAGUGACUGUCUGGGACUCAGCAAUAAA